GGAAGACAUGUUUGUCAGUAGGAGAUUAUAUAAAACAGGAGAUGGCGGUUUAGCAACAGAUCUCAUUUGUACAGGCUGUGAGCUUUGUGGUUCCCCUUUGGAGCUGGACAGUGAGAACAUGUUUAAGCAGAAUGGAGUUGCACUUUAUUGUUCGGAAAGCUUGAACCGCCUUCAUGUCAUAAGCCUCAUAUACAAGCCCUUCAUGUUGUAUGUAUGGGACGAAUCGGAUUAUGCGCCACUCCUGGUCAGAAACAAGGCUGCAGAGCUCUUGUUUGGGAACAUUAAGGCUGAAAGAGUCUAUUCAUGCUAUAGGGGGAGAAAGCAUGCUGGAGAAGUUGAUUUGAAAGAGAUUCCCAUACAUAAUUCAAAAAGCAUCGGGCAACCUAAAGCUGCUGCCGACAAAGGAGUCUUGGUUUCUUGUAAGAAGAGCUUGGAAGGAAAGGGAAAACACUGUUUUCAGGAAAAUAUGGACUUCUAUGGGCUUUGGUUGAUUCUUCUGAAAACACUGCUGCAGCAAGGAAAGAACAGCCCUUUCAGAUUCGAAGUCAAUGUAAAUGCUGGUUUGGAUAAGGAAAAUGGGAGGUUUGAAAUAGUUUCUGUGCAGAUGCCAUGCUUCAGAACCAAAUGAUCUUCUGAUA